AUGGAGAAAGCCAGCAUCCAUGACGAUACCAAGGCCAUCGACUCGAUCAUUGAGCAUGUUGCCCCAAAGAUCGAGCAAGCCCGAAUCGCGGCCGAGGAGGAGCACAAUCUCUCGGUGCGGGAAGCCAUCACGAAGAACAAGUCGGUGGUCUUCUGGUGUGUUUUCUUCGCCUUCAGUGGCGUCGCUUGGGGUUUCGACGCACAAGUCAAUGGCGCCAUGGUUUCGGUGCCACAAUUUCGGUCCACGUUCGGGUAUAGAGACUCAGUCAUUCCAGCUUCCUGGCUCUCGGGCUUCAAUAGUAUCUCGAGCGUUGGACAGUUCUUUGGCGGGUUUCUCUGUUCAUGGCUUUCCGACCGCCUAGGCCGUCGGUGGUCGCUCCUCGUCGGCCUGGCCCUUGUCUCUGGCGGCAUUUUCGGUGAGGUGUUCUCAAACACUCGACCGGCAUUCCUCAUCGGCAAAUUGAUACUCGGUAUCGGUCUGGGCUUCUACCUGACCAUUGGUCCGCUCUACUGCUCGGAAGUGGCCCCCCUCGUCCUUCGCGGUAUGAUCACGGGUGGUAUCAAUUUCGCCAUCGUCAUUGGCCAGCUCCUGUCGAACGCUGUGAUCAAGGGGUUUGGAGAAAGGACUGACCGAUGGGCCUUCCGAGGACCAUUUGCGAUCCAGUGGUUGUUCGUUGUCAUCCUCCUUGUGGGAAUCCCAUUCGCACCAGAAUCCCCUUGGCACUAUGUCCGUCGUGGCCGCCUGGAAGAUGCCCGACGCAGUCUGGAACGUCUCUAUGGUAAGGACGUCGACGUUUCGCCCAAGCUCGCCAUGAUCAUCCGAACGGUCGAAGAAGACGCCGAGCUCUCCAAGUCGGCGCGGUGGGACCAGUGCUUCCGCGGCACCAACCUCGUGCGGACAACCAUCUCUGUCGGCGUCUUUGCGUGCCAGCACUUGUCCGGCAUCGUCUUCGUGCUCGGCUUCUCCACCUACUUCUUCGAGCUCGCCGGCAUUGAGACCACCCACGCUUUCGACCUCGGCGUCGGAGUCACGGCCUGCGGUGUCGUGGGCGUCAUUAUCUCUUGGGCCGCCAUCAACACACUCGGUCGCAGAAAGCUGUUCGUCUGGGGUAUGAUCGGCAUGACCAUUGUGCUCGUGCUCAUGGGCAUCCUCGAUGUUGUGCACACCUCCGCCGCCCGCUGGGUUCAGGCCUCGUGCACGGUCGUAUAUGCACUCAUCUACCAGAUCACCAUCGGAUGCAUUGCAUUCGCCUUGCUGGGUGAAGUUUCUACGCCGGCACUACGAGCAAAGACCGUGGGUCUGGCCACGGCCUGUCAAGCUGUGUUUGGAACCGUCAUGAACAUCGUGGUACCUUACAUGGUCAACCCAGACAAGGCCAAUCUCAAGGGCAAGGUUGGCUUCGUCUUUGGCGGGGCUUGCCUCUUGGGCACCAUCUGGAGCUACUUCUACAUUCCCGAAUUGAAGGGCCGCACUUUCCAGGAGAUUGACUACUUGUUCCAGCACCGGGUUUCACCGAGGCGGAUGGGCAAGUACAAUGUUGAAGAUGUUAACGAUGUUUGA